AUGAUCACUAUGAAGUUUUUUCGCGUUAUUCUGCCACUCCUAGGAGGCGUACACGUGCUCUGCGCUCAACAGCAGCCCUGUCCUUCUCCCACGGUGAAAGGUGCCGGUGGAUUGAGCCUGGCGAGCGUCGUCGCCGGAUGUAAGCCGACGAAUCCUUUGAACAAACCGGAAUUCGACGACAUCGGCCAGCGGAAUGUCACCGCUAUCGUUGGCCAGGCAGCGGAAUUGAAUUGCUACGUGAAGCAUCCUGGAGACAGAGUGGUAUCCUGGAUACGUCAAAGGGAUUUACACAUACUCACGUCGUCCAUCUUCCCAUACACGGGAGACGAAAGAUUCUCGGUGAAGCACCCGGAAGCAUCCAACGAAUGGACGUUGAAGAUCGAGUACGUUCAGCAACGUGACACCGGGGUUUACGAAUGCCAGGUUAACACCGAACCCAAAAUGAAUUUAGCCUACGCGUUGAGAGUUGAAGAACGUGCCCCUGUCCCCGCCACCACCAUCACACCGAACGCCAUUCACCGGACGUUCAACUCAGCCGCUCAGGCGAGAAUCCUGGGUCCGGAAGACGUCUACGUGAAGAAGGGCAGCACGAUAAGCCUCACGUGCACCGUUAAUGUGCAAAGUACACCGCCCAGCAGCGUUUUGUGGCAUCACGGCGUAGCUGUGGUGGAUUUCGACAGUCCCAGGGGCGGGGUCUCCUUGGAGACGGAGAAGACGGAGAGCGGCACGACGAGCAGACUUCUGGUGACACAGGCCAGAUUGACCGACAGCGGAAAUUACACCUGCAUUCCCAGCAACGCGAAUCCAGCCAGCGUAAUGGUCCACGUGCUGAAUGGUGAACAUCCAGCGGCCAUGCAACACGGCGGAAGCUGUGGCGUCGCGCCCACUAUUUUACUGGCGACCUUCACUCUGGUGGUCUCGAAUCUGCUAAGGUGA